CUGCUGACAGGCAGAGAAACACACAGAGCCACAGAGGAGCCACGAGGGUGUGGAGCGCAAAGGAACACGGGGGAGAUCUCUGGAUCCUCUUCUCUGUGUGGGACGCAGGAAGAGAGAAAGAGGGAGCGGAGGGCUGGAUCACGAAGCUGGACGGGCUGGAGAGGAAGACGAAGGAGGGGGGGGGGGGGAACUGACGGGACAAAGGAGAUACGGAGAGGCUAACGGUGGACCACUGGAGCUAUGGGUUGUGCGCAGAGUGGACAGUGGUGUGUGAAGGAGAGGAACUCGGCAGCAGUGGGACUCCCCAAGACCAGGGACUGUUCAGAGGACUGCCCGGAGAUCCUUAGCCUCACUGAGUUGGGGAAGGUCGGGCCUCAUCACUUCAAAGAGAAGAACUUCAAGAAAAAACACCAUUGUGGAGUGUGCAAGCAGACCAUAGACAGCCAUGGAUUAUUUUGUAAAGAUUGUAAGAUCGCUGUGCAUAACAAAUGUGAAGCAAAGGCCCCAUCCUCCUGCGUGCCUCCCUCUGAACAACAGGGUUCUGUCAAGCCAGCGGGCCAGAAAUCCAAAAGCUGCCUGUUCAGGAGUGGGAGUGAAGACUGCGUGAUGGACCGGGUCAUGGAGAGGCACUACGACUUCGACCUCACCUACAUCACCGAGAGGAUCAUCUCCGUCUUUUUCCUGCCCAACCUGGAUGAAGAGCGCUACCGCGGCAACCUGAAGGAAGUGGCUGCCAUGCUGAAGUCCAAACACCAGGACAAGUUCUUGCUCCUCAAUCUGUCUGAAAAGCGGCAUGACAUCAGCAGACUGAAUCCAAAGGUGCAUGACUUCGGCUGGCCGGACCUGCACGCUCCUCCACUGGAUAAAAUCUGUGCCAUUUGCAAGGCCAUGGAGAGCUGGUUAACUUCUGACCCCCAGCACGUUGUGGUCCUCCACUGCAAGGGUAACAAAGGAAAGACAGGGGUGAUUGUGGCAGCCUACAUGCACUACAGUAAGAUCUCUGCCGGGGCUGACCAGGCCCUGUCCACAGUAGCCAUGAGGAAGUUCUGUGAGGAUAAGAUAUCUCCUUUUUUCCAGCCAUCUCAGAACAGGUAUAUUUAUUACUUUGGUGGCCUUUUGUCUGGCAGCAUUAAGAUGAACAGCAGUCCCCUGUUCCUGCACCAGGUCCUCAUCCCCUCUCUGCCAGACUUCCAGACUGGAGGAGGUUACUCCCCUUUCCUGAAGAUCUAUCAGUCUCUUCAGUUGGUCUAUACCUCUGGCAUAUAUGAUGUGCAGGGCUCCGGGAGCAGCCGUGUGUGUGUGACCAUAGAGCCAGCACUACUGCUGAAAGGAGACAUCAUGGUGAAGUGUUAUCAUCGACACAUGCAUGGAUAUGGCCGAGACUGUGUGUUUAGGGUCCAGUUCCACACAUGCACCGUCCAUGGAGCCCAGCUGUGGUUUGGGAAACAGGAGUUGGACCAGGCCUGCACCGAUAACCGUUUCCCCUCUGAUGCCACUGUGGAGUUCGUCUUCUCAUAUGGUCCAGAGCGUGUCCGAGGUCGCGAGUUCCAGAAGAAUGACGUAAGCGUAAAGGUGGACUACAACACGUCGGAUCCUGUGGUGCGGUGGGACUCUUAUGACAACUUUAACAUGCACCAUCAGGACAGCGCAGAGGAUAUUGCUCACACACGGGGUCCUCUGGAUGGUAGUCUGUACGCCCAGGUGAAGAAGCGGCGUGCUCCAGGCUCUAGUGGCCUGCCCUCGGCCAACGGUUGUCCCUCCAGCCCCGAGUCACCAGCUCUGCCCACCGCUCAGUCCCAGCCUCGGCCUCCCGACCACCUGGGCACCCCGAGCCCCACUCCCCCCGGCCCGCCCGCACACCAGGAGCGCCUGGACCUAGAGCUCCUGCUGGGAGAGGUGGAGGGAGAGAGGGAGCGAGGGAGGGUGCGCGAGAGGGAGACGGCCAUUCUGGAUGACGGGGAGAGCUCGCCGCUCAGGCCGACGGACUCCUGCUGCCCGCGCACAUACUCCCCUGGACCGCGCUCGCCCUGUAGUCUCCCUCCGAGCUGCGGGACCAAUGGACACUACCUGGAGCGGAGGGACGCAGCCUCUAAGGGGCCGGCCCCGAAGCACCACACGCUCCCCGUCAGCCGGACGUCGCCCCCUCCGCUGCUGGAGCCCUGCCUGUCCCACCCGGACCUCCUGUGGGACAGGGGGCGCUGUCUGCACCGCUCCUGCAGCCAUACGCCGUCCCGGCAGCACUACUCCUACCCUGCUCAGGGCAUCGGAGGCCCCUUGUCGCUCUCGCCGCACCACCCCCACCCCCACCCCCACCCCCACGCGCACACACUCCCCUCCUCUCCCAGGAGCUACUGUCCAGCGGAGGUGUGCUCUCUCUACCACUACGCCCCCCACUCCCAUGGGCACGCGCCGGCCCCUCCUCCCCCUCGCGUCCUGCACCAGCCGCUGCCCCCGAGCCCCUACCACGAGCUGAGGUUCAGCACCACGGCGUCCACUGCCUGCCCGUGCCCAGACUGCGCCUGCCUGCGUCGGGAGGAGCCCACGCUGCUUCGUCUUGCGCCCGGCCAGUCGGAGGGCCACCACCCUUGGGGCCGAGAGGCGUCCGGCUUCGGCUACAGGCGGGAGGGACAUCCGGUGUGGGACAGGGAGGCGGAGUCCCCGUGGGAGAGGGAGCAGGAAGCGGAAUUCUGGCGCCGACACUCGGCGAUGACCGCUUACCGGCACUGCCACUCGCCCCAGGCGCACGACUUGCCCCCAUCGUACCUCCAGGAGGGGCAGCCGCCAGCGACGUCGCCGUCCGGCAUGGCCAGCCCCUUCCCCAGCCCGCACAGCUCCAGCAGCGGCUACCACACGCCCCAGGCCGCCUGCCCCUGCUCCCCCGCCCUGCACUCGCUGCCUCCCAGCAGAGAGAGCCACGGCUACGGAUCCGGGGGCCAGUCAAGGAUGGCCUCCCCUCUGCCGGCCACCCCGUCCCUGCAGAGAGCCAGCCAACCAGAGGGGCGCCUCAGCCAGGCCCUGAGACCCACUGCUGGGGCUAGCAGCCAAGCUGGCCAGCAGAGCAGAACUGCAGCUCUUCUUCCUCUGGGGGCCAUGUUUCCACCCUCUCCUGAUGUAGAUGUGGAUGACCAGAGGACGUCAGAUGCUCUGUCCAGGCCAUCCAGCAGGAAAGCUGAUGCAUCCCCUGACUCCGAGCCUUCCCAUAAUGGAAACCAGGCUCAACAACACACACAGAACAGUUCUACUGGGACUAAAGUAGAGGAACAGAGAUCCACUCCUGAAGUGCCUUCCAAGCAGCUGUCAUCCUCUCAUGGCUCACAAACAGGCCCGGACCGAAUCCAGUGCCCUCGGCCAACUGUGGCUCAGCAGAAAGAAUCCCGUAGUGGGGACGCGAUACAUCCAGGCCCUGCUCUUGCGGAGAGAGGCGUCCAAGGCAGCUGCAAGCUCUCCAUGGCUCCCAGCAAGAGUUCGCCGAGACAGAGCUUCCACUCACAGCCGCCAGCUGCUCCAGAGACUGCCGCCAAAGAAUCCACUAAUGAAUUGUCAACAAGUUCUGGCGAGCUGCGUUCCAGCCCCCGUCCUCCCUCGUCCUCAAGCGCCUCUCCCCAGGCGACCACUGCAGCGAAGACCGACGGCCCUGCCUUCCGGAACGAUCCGUGCCCGGAACCUGUCAAGGUGCAGGUGCAGGUUCUGCGCUCGAGCCCGACCUUUAGCUCCACCCCUGACUCCACCCCGGCGUCCACGCCGUGUCCGACCACCAGCCGCUGCCCGUCCUCUGAGUUGUCCUCGCUGGCCGUGGUGUCCGCCGAUGGUCGGAGGCUCACCCCGCAGAUGGACAGCGUGUCGUGCAGCAGUGAGGCGGGCAGCGGCGGCAGCAGCAGCUGCGGCGACCUCCGGGCGCCCUCGCCCGUACCGGACGGUCAGGCCACUCCAUCCUUCCCGCUGCCGUCCCACUACUACCCGCUGCUCACCGUGCCCCACGUGCCCUACACGGGCUACACGGCCGUCACCAUCCCCGCCACCCCCCCACAGCCGCCUCUGCCUGAGAAGCGCAGGCCUCUGGGCCUCCAGCACGGCUCGCCCAGCAGGGCCUCGGCUCUCCGCACCUCCACCGGGGCCCUCUCCAGCUCCUCGCUCUCGGUCAGCUCCGGACCCAGCUCCAGCUCCAGCUCCACGUCCCAGCUGCACGUCACAUUCUCGCCCGCGGUCAGCGAGCUGACCCCACCCCCGGCCUCCCGGCUAGCCACAGCAGCACGCAGCGCAGGGGAGGAGGCAGGAAGUCGUGUCAGUGCCAAGUUUGUGCAGGACAGCUCCAAGUUCUGGUAUAAGCCAGGAAUCUCAAGGGAUCAAGCCAUUGCAGUUUUAAGGGAUAAAGAGCCAGGCUCUUUCCUGAUAAGAGACAGCAACUCCUUCCAAGGCGCCUAUGGACUAGCCCUCAAAGUAGCCACCCCUCCGGCCAACGCCAAUAACCACGGGAGCAGGGGUGACCCCCUGGAACAGCUCGUCCGACACUUCCUGAUUGAAACCGGCUCCCGUGGCGUGAAGAUCAAGGGGUGCCAAAACGAGUCCUACUUCGGAAGUCUAUCAGCCCUGGUGUACCAGCACUCCAUCACUCCCAUCUCACUGCCAUGUGCCUUGCGGAUACCCGAGAAAGAUCUUGUGGGAGAACUACAGGAACUGCAGAGUGGCACCAACACCAGUACAGCAGCGGACUUGCUAAAGCAAGGGGCAGCAUGCAACGUCCUCUAUCUAAGCUCUGUGGAAACAGAGUCUUUGACGGGACCUCAGGCCAUCUCCAAGGCAACAAAGGUCACUCUGAGUCAGGAGCCCCGGCCCACGGCGACGGUGGUCCACUUUAAAGUGUCGGCCCAGGGCAUAACGCUCACUGACAACCAGCGCAGAGUCUUUUUCAGGAGGCACUACCCCAUUAACAGCGUAACGUUCAGCAAUGUGGACCCUCAAGAUCAAAGGUGGACUAAUGCUGAUAAUAAUACCUCUACCAAGAUGUUUGGCUUCGUGGCGAAGCGCACAAGCAGCUCGUCAGAGAAUGUGUGCCACCUGUUCGCCGAGUUGGACCCGGAGCAACCUGCUACAGCCAUCGUCAACUUUAUCAACAAAAUCAUGCUGGGGCCGCAGCUCAGGAGAUAGCAGUAGGAGAGGGAGGGAGAGAGAGGGAGAGAGACAGAGAAAACUCUGUUUCUGUACCCAGGAAGCUGACAAGAAUGAAGAGAAACGAUUCAGUUAGGAUUCAACGAGGAAAGUGCAAAGCUAAGGCGAUUCCUUACAAUGGAGAGGAAUGGUUAAUGAAAGAGGGGAGAGAGUGAAAUACAGACAUACAGCUGUGAUGCUGCAGUAAUGUAGAUGUUUCCGUACACUCAGUCUCACAGAAGACCAAAUGUGACUCAAACUGUGCGUUACCUUUUCAUUAUUUUGAACUGUAUUUUUUAUUAUGGAAAGAGAAGGAACAAUCAUGAGUAUACACUAGAUAGUCCCAAAGUCCCAAGCCCAGGUGACACAGCAGAUUCCUGUUUUUUCUCUUUUGGUCCAAAAUGAUUGAAAAUAAUCAAAACUGAGAAGAAAUGGUCCUCGUUACGGUCCACACCCUAGUGGUGAAAGGCUUGUUUAGCCUCUGACUGUUGUACCCAGGUCGUGGCUUAGUCAUAAUGACUAAUAUUUUCCAAAGUUCUUCAGUUAAAGGAGCAGUCUGCUAUUGUAAUCCCAUACACGUUUUGUUGAGGGAUUGCUUAUCAUAACCCUCAAGCAAACUGGUGUUUGUACUCUAGUUCUGGCUCUUGCUUGAAGUCUUGAACAACUCCAGGUAAUCAAUACAGUGCUUCAUUAUCAGAGAAGGGAGGGGUGCAAUUUGAUUGGCUGUUAGCUCAAAAUAUGAACAGCCUUUUAUAAAACCAGAAUCUGAAUCACAGGUGAAUUUAAUAACCAUUACAUUAAUUUUACAUUUACAGUUCUUAUUUAUGUUCGUAGGUCAACCUGUCCUACUAUCCAUUUUCCAGUAAUGAAAUGAAAUACUAGGCCAUUUUCUUGUUUAGAAGCACACAAGUGUUAUUUUGGGCUGAGCACAACAGAGAGGUGGAGAUGAUCCUGCUUAUGUCUGGUGGAAUGUGACUGUAUCAGUCAGGAGUAUUGCUGUUUCAUCCUGAAUGUUUAAGUAAGUGAUUUUAGAUUUCAGUUUGGUAUGAAAAUACGAAUGUUUUUUUUUUUGUCAUGGAAGGUGAACCAUUUUAAAAGGAGGGUAAAGCUCAUGGAAAUGGCUAUCUUUGCUGCACAGAUGCUGAGUUAACAUGACACCCUCUCAGGUAUCUAAAACUAUUAAGGAGUUACCAUUGCCCUCAAGAUUUUAUAAAUGUGUUUUAAUGUUGUUUAAAAUAUUUACACAAUGUGUGUGUGUUUGAUCAUUGAACCCUAAUACGGCACUGUCUUUUGGAAACUGCCUGUAGUAAGAUGUUCUAAACAAGGGGAAAUUAUACCAUUCGCUGUGUUUUAUAGAGUAAUUUUAGUAAGUGGGUCACACAACACUGAAAUAAAUGCAGUUCCAGCUUCCACUUUGAAAGAAGUACAAUUCCAGCUUCCACAUUGAAAUAAAAAAACAAGGGUCACUGGAAAGACCAAGGUUCUUGCUGCAGGUUGCAUUUUCAAACCAUGUGUUUGUAUACUGCCAAAGCUCUUUAGGUUGCCAUUUUAUAUUUAAUUUGUUGUAGGAUACAGCUGAGCAUUUUGUAUAAGAGUCCAUGAAUUGUUUUGCCAUCUUUAUACCUUACAGAAGUAAUAUAUUUUCACCAUCUGCAAGUAUUUUUGAAGUUCCAGUGAAAAUGAAAUGUACAUGCUAUUUUUGAAUGAAAUGCAUUAAAGAAAAUAAAGUUGUUUCCAUGAA